CAUGUGACAUUACACAGAGGUUUCAAACGGAAGUGUGUUGUACKGAAAAUGUGGCGCGAGACAUAGCCAAUGUUGUGUGUACAUACACGUUUUCUUUUUUAAAGUAAACUUAAUCUAAAACAGUUCCAUCCACUGCAUUUAUUAUACAAUUUGUGAACUACGUUGUUUUAUGAGACGGGCGGCAUAGGAACCGGCGUUCAUCAAGGCAAAUAUGCCCCGUAGACGACAGGUACGAAAACAUAGUGUGCAUUUGGGGAGRGGCUCUGAUGGGACUGAAGAUUCAGACUCUUCUGCAGAGAGAGAACAGACAAACAGCUCAGAGAGUGAUGGAAACAUGCCRAAGAGAACACGCCUCACAAGAGCAUCACUACGCCUCAGCCAAAGCUCACAAGACACACCAGAUGUGAAGCGAGUCGGCGACCAUGACGAGUCUCCGCCAUUGACGCCCACAGGCAACGCCCCAUCAUCUGAGUCUGAGCUGGACAUCUCCAGCCCCAACGCCUCCCAUGAUGAGAGUGUGGCCAAAGACCCUGCCCUCAGAGACUCAGACAAGGACCUCUCCCACCGGCCCAAGCGCCGCCGCUGCCAUGAGACCUACAAUUUUAAUAUGAAGUGUCCCACACCGGGAUGCAACUCACUGGGACAUCUUACAGGGAAACAUGAACGCCAUUUUGCGGUUUCAGGAUGCCCUCUUUACCAUAACCUCUCAGCUGACGAAUGCAAGGUGAAAGCAACCACUCGUGAGAAACACGAAGAAGAAUCAAAGGUGCAGGAGGAAAGUAACAGACACGCCACACGACAUCAGAUGCCCACAUCAAAACAGACAAGAUACAAAGAGCAGGUGACGGAGAUGAGAAAGGGGAGGAACUCUGGGCUUCCCAAGGAGCAGAAGGAGAAAUACAUGGAGCAUCGACAGAGCCACGGCAACACCAGAGAACCUCUUCUGGAGAACAUCACUAGUGAAUAUGACCUGGAGCUUUUCAGAAAAGCCCAGGCACGCGCAUCUGAAGAUCUGAAAACGCCACAGGAGAAGCUGCGGAUCCAGGGACAGAUCACGGAGGGCAGCAACAUGAUCAAGACCAUCCUGUUUGGACGCUACGAGCUGGACACGUGGUACCACUCGCCCUACCCCGAGGAGUACGCCCGCCUGGGACGUCUCUACGUCUGCGAGUUCUGCCUCAAGUACAUGAAGAGCCAGACCAUUCUGAGACGACACAUGGCCAAGUGUGUGUGGAAGCAUCCGCCCGGAGAUGAGGUCUACAGGAAGGGAGCCAUCUCUGUCUUUGAGGUGGACGGCAAGAAGAACAAGAUCUACUGCCAGAACCUGUGUCUACUCGCCAAGCUCUUCCUGGAUCACAAGACGCUGUACUACGACGUGGAACCCUUUCUGUUCUACGUUAUGACUGAGGCAGACAACACAGGCUGCCAUCUUGUGGGAUACUUCUCUAAGGAGAAGAACUCUUUCCUCAACUACAACGUCUCCUGCAUCCUGACAAUGCCUCAGUACAUGAGGCAGGGCUUUGGGAAGAUGCUGAUUGACUUCAGCUACCUGCUGUCCAAGGUGGAGGAGAAGGUYGGCUCCCCAGAGCGGCCCCUCUCGGACCUGGGCCUCAUCAGCUACCGUAGCUACUGGAAAGAGGUGCUGCUGCGUUACAUGUACAACUUCCAGGGCAAGGAGAUCUCCAUCAAAGAGAUCAGCCAGGAGACCGCGGUGAACCCAGUGGACAUUGUCAGCACCCUGCAGUCCCUGCAGAUGCUUAAGUACUGGAAGGGAAAGCACCUCGUCUUGAAGAGACAGGACCUGAUCGAUGAGUGGAAAGCCAAGGAGACCAAAAGAGGCAGCAACAACAAAACCAUCGACCCCAGCUCGCUUAAAUGGACCCCACCCAAAGGGACAUAGGCUAUAGGCUCACAAGUGAGCUACUUAAUAAACUUGACUUUCUUCUACCACACCUGCCGGGAUAAGAGUCCUAUCAAUACCACAGUGAUCUUUCUUCUGCCGGGAUAGGAGUCCUAACAAUACCACAGUGAUCUUUCUUCUACCACACCUGCCGGGAUAGGAGUCCUAUCAAUACCACAGUGAUCUUUCUUCUACCACACCUGCCGGGAUAGGAGUCCUGUCAAUACCACAGUGAUCUUUCUUCUACCACACCUGCCGGGAUAGGAGUCCUGUCAAUACCACAGUGAUCUUCUAUCCCUAAACCCAUCCUGUAGCUGCCCCUAACUUGUUUUUUUGUGUCUUGAGGAACUCCCUUCCCUUUUUACAUUUCGACCUGUAUUUAUAUUUUAGUAAUAUGUCACCGUGUCACCAUUCAAUCAAUUCUUGGCUGAAAUAUUGUUAAACAAUGAAGGUUACAGAAUUUGAGUUGACUUGUUUUAAAAGAUCCACUUAAAGAUGAGCUAUGAAUGUAGAUYCAUCUCGUCUGAGCUCUGACACUAGUGGAUCACAUGAGUGUUUUUGCUUCUUUGUCCACAAAAAAAUAUAUAGCUCUGACCGGCUGCAGCGUUCCUGGCUAUUUUAUUUCAUUCAACACAGUUGCGGUUGUUUGCGGAGACGAGUACAUUUUUUGGGAUAGAAUAUACAAUAAUCAUCAGCAUGAACUUUGAUACCUUAGAUAUAGCAUUUUGUUUCUUACAAGUAUGAYAUACAGUUUCGUUUUGUAUGGUAGUCCUUUUUGAGUCGAUAUCAAAAUUGUAUAGGUCAUGAAAACAACUUUUUUUUUCUAGCUUUAGUAAUAUUGGAGUUGGUCCCAUUCCUCUUGUGAAUCUGCCAAAUGAAGAAAUAAAAAUAUUACAUACAAGUUCAAA